CUAGUGGUUCAAGCAGUCAUGAUAGUCGUAGUGGUAGAUCAAGAGGUUGUGAUAGUCAUGGUAGUGGAUUAAAAGGUCAUAGUAGUCGUGGUAGUAGAUCAAGAGGUCGUGGCAGUCAUGGUGUAGAUCAAGAGGUCGUAAUAGUUAUAGUGGUGGAUCAAGAGGUUGUGAUAGUUGUGGUGGUAGAUUAA